AUGGGUGUUAAGGGUCUUAAUCAACUUAUCAAAGAACAUUCUCCUGGUGCUUAUAGAGAGUUCCAGUUAAAGAACUUAUUUGGAAGAAAAGUUGCCAUUGAUGCUUCCAUGUGUUUAUAUCAAUUCUUGAUUGCUGUUAGACAAUCUGAUGGACAACAAUUGACUAAUGAAGAUGGUGAGACUACUUCCCAUUUAUCAGGUAUGUUUUAUAGAACCAUUAGAUUAGUUGAGCAUAAUAUCAAGCCUGUAUUUGUCUUUGAUGGGAAACCCCCAGUUUUAAAAGGUGGGGAAUUAGAAAAGAGACUCUUAAAGAGAGAAGAAGCUCAGAAACAAUUGGAUUUAAUUAAGGAUGAUGGUACUGUUGCUGAUGUUUUGAAAUAUGAGAAGAGAUUAGUUAGAGCUUCAAGAGAACAAAAUGAAGAUGCAAAGAAAUUAUUAAAACUUAUGGGUAUACCUUAUAUCAAUGCCCCGUGUGAAGCUGAAGCCCAAUGUGCAGAAUUAGCUCGUGGUGGGAAAGUGUUUGCUGCUGCUUCUGAAGAUAUGGAUACUUUAUGUUAUGAACCACCUUAUUUAUUAAGACAUUUAACUUUUGCUGAAGCUAGAAAAAUGCCAAUUGAUCAAAUCGCUUAUAGUGAUGCUAUGGCCGGAUUGGAUAUGACCAAGGAACAAUUCAUAGAUUUAUGUAUUCUUUUAGGUUGUGAUUAUUGUGAAACUAUAAAAGGAGUAGGUCCAGUAACUGCCUAUAAAUUGAUUAAACAACAUGGAUCAUUAGAUAAAAUUGUUGAAUUCAUAAAGGAAAACCCUGACAAGACCAAAUAUAAACUUCCUGAAAAUUGGCCAUAUGAUGAAGCAAGACAAUUAUUUUUAAAUCCUGAAGUCACUAAAGCCAGUGAUGUCUCUUUUAAAUGGGUUGAACCUGAUGUCGAUGGAUUGAUAGAAUUUAUGGUUAGACAAAAAGGUUUCAGUGAAGAUAGAAUUAGAUCUGGUGCUGAGAAAUUAAAGAAAGGUUUAAAAUCGGGAGUUCAAGGAAGAUUAGAUGGAUUCUUUUCUGUGGUUCCAAAGGCAGCUCUGCCAAAUGAUAAAAAGAGAAAAGAUGAUAGUAAGAACUCCAAAUCAAAUAAAAAGACAAAGAGAAAGUGA